GUCAAACACGGGGAACCCAAACGCCUCGGGGAACAUCGAACAAAACUACUCGCUGUCCGCUAAGCCUUUCCUAUACCAGACGAUUAGAUAUGGAGAGACCUAGAAAAAGAACUAGGCAGUCCUCGCAGCCGAGCACGUCAGCCAAUCCCAACCCUGACUGGUAUCUCCUCCAUGCUCGGAUAAUGGGCAUCUAUGACCCCGUGAUCUGGCGCCAGCUCUCCGUACCUCCCGACAUUACUGUCGAUCAGCUUCACCCUCUCAUGAUCGCAGCGUUCGGAUGGGGCAUGUCGCACAUGCACAUGUGGUCCAUCCGUCGCAUCCAGGAGAUCGACCCGGAAGAGCGCGAGGGGCCCAUGAAAUCCGACCUCAAUCCUGAAGGGUACUAUUUACCUCAGAUGCUGGUGGCGGAGCAGGUCGACCACCCUAGGCCUGAUCUUCCGCCCGGCGAGGAUUUCGUCCCAGGUGAUCACGGGUUACCGCCGACCCAGACGUUGGCGGAGCUCGACGCGAUCUAUGACAUCUCUGGCAACAAGCACGUGCUCUACUACGAGUACGACAUGGGUGACGGGUGGGAGCAUAUGAUCACCGUAGAGAAGAGGAUCAAGCCUACCCCCGUAGUCACGGGCGGUAGCGGACAUAGCGUAGCUGAGGACGCCGGUGGGAUUGUCGGCUGGGAUUUUCUCAAGGAGGCAUACAGGACUAAGAACACUCAGCGGGAUGACGAAGAGAUGGUCGAGAAGAGAGAAUGGUACGAGAGCAUGUGCACGAACGGAGAUCCUCGGGGACUCAAAGGCAAGGCAAGGCUGGAGCACUUUAACGUCAAGGAGGCGAACGAGGCGUAUGCAACGUGGAAAAAGGUUGGAACGUGAGUAGAGGUUUGGGGAGGACGUUAGAGCGACGGGGGCUGGUGUAGACAAUUUAUGGUUUCGAGAGUUGUAUGUAGCUGAAGUAUUUCCAAGUGCAAGCAAAUG